ACCAGAAUUAAUCCUACUUCAAACACAGUUUAAAGAAAUUAGUAAUAAUUGAAUCACCUACUCUUUUUAAUGUCAUAGUUUAAAGGGGUAAUUCCAAUUAGAAGUAGUUGUUGUUUAUAAGGAAAUGAAGAAGAAUAUGAACAUUCAUCUUUUAACAUAAGAGUGACGGGAAGUCCAAAGUUUUUGAAGGAAAAGAAGAACAAGGAUGACGAGUGGGGAAGGAAAGGUAGUGUGUGUGACAGGUGGUUCUGGUUUUAUUGCUUCAUGGAUUGUUAAGUUCCUCCUCCAACGUGGUUAUACUGUGAGAGCCACCGUUCGAGAUCCAACAGGUAAUCCUAAAAAGGUUGACCACUUGUUUAAACUUGAUGGUGCAAAGGAGAGGUUGCAACUCUUCAAAGCAGAUCUGUUGGAACAAGGUUCCUUUGACACUGUUGUCGAGGGAUGUGACGGUGUCUUUCAUACUGCUUCGCCUGUUAGUUGUGUCAUAGACAACCCACAGGCUAAGUUGAUUGAUCCGGCAGUGAAGGGAACUCUUAAUGUUCUAAGAUCAUGUGCGAAAUCACCAUCUGUGAAACCAGUUGUCUUAACUUCUUCUAAUGCUGCAGUUUCAAUAAGCACAAGGCCCAAGAAUCCACAAGUCAUAAUUAAUGAGACAUGGUUUUCAGAUCCAGAUUUCUGUAGGAAAUUACAGUUAUGGUACAUACUUUCAAAGACUUUGGCUGAGGCUGCUGCUUGGGAAUUUGUAAAUGAAAACAAGAUUGACAUGGUUGUUAUUAACCCAACAAUGGUUGCUGGACCUGUCUUACAACCAGAGGUUAAUGAAAGUUUUCAACCAAUUCUAGACAUAAUAAAUGGUAAACCUUUUCAAAAUUAUGUUUAUGGAUGGGUGAAUGUGAAAGAUGUUGCCAACGCCCAUAUUAACGCAUAUGAGAUAGCUUCAGCUAGUGGAAGAUAUCUUUUGUGUGAAAGAGUCUUACACUGUUCAGAACUUGCUAAGGUUUUACGCGAUUUGUAUCCAACAUUACAAAUUUCAGACAAGUGUGAGAAUGAUGAGCCAUACAAGCCAAAAUAUCAGAUUUCCAAGGAAAAGGCUAAGAGUUUGGGAAUUGAGUUUAUUCCUUUGGAAAUCAGUCUCAAGGAAAUUGUGGAAUGCUUCAAAGGGAAAAAGAUUGUCGACUUUUAAUCCAUGACAAUAUCGCACUUAGUAGAAUAAAAUUUUUCUAUUGUUGAUGAAAAAAUGUUGUUGCUGAGAGCUGCUAUGUUGGAUAGGAAGGUUUACAGACUCCUUCAAAGAGAUAUUUAAUUUCCCCCACACUCUUAAUGUUUUCCGCAUUUAAUGUACCCACCCAAUUUCCACUCCAAGCAGAUCCCAUGUUAUCACCCCAUUUACCGAGGUGUCUUUAUCAGUUGCCAUACUUAGUAUUAACCCUAUCGAAAUUUAUGUAUAUACUCCCUAUACAUGCAAUUAUAAUGUGAUGUGUCACUCUAUUCUAUCGAUUCUUGAAA